GUUAUUGAAAGCUAUGGACUUAACCACAGUGACCCCCUGGACAUGUUUGAAGGCAUGGAGCUUCUUCUGCAGUUCAAACCUCUCUUCCUGCCGCUCUACAUUCUCAUAGUGGUUGUGGCUGGGGUUGGAAACUCUUUCCUGUUAGCUUGCAUCAUGGCCGACAAGAAACUCCACAAUGCCACCAACUUCUUCAUCGGUAACUUGGCAGCAGGAGACCUGCUGAUGUGUUUGAGCUGUGUUCCACUGACUGUGUCUUAUGCCUUUGAUACACAUGGCUGGGCUUUUGGAAGACCCCUCUGUCACCUGGUACCUUUGCUGCAAUGCGCUACAGUGUUUGCAUCGGUGCUCUCACUCACUGCCAUUGCUGUGGAUCGCUACAUUGUUGUUGCUCACCCAAUAAGACAAAGGAUCUCCGUGAUGGGGUGUGGUGCAGUGACUGUGGUUGUCUGGCUUGUAUCUCUGGCCUUGGCUGCACCUCCAUCUCUCUACACGCGCUAUUUGGAUCUGCGACCCAGCGGCAUUGACCUUGUUGUGUGCGAGGAGUUCUGGCCAGACAGUGGCAAUCUGCGGCUUCUCUACUCCUGUUUCAUUCUUAUAGCCUCCUAUAUGGUCCCGCUGCUGUCCGUCAGCUUAUCCUACUGCGCUAUUACCGUUAGCCUAAAGCACUAUUCAGUGCCUGGGGAGCCGUCCAAUAGCCAGCAACGCUGGAGCAAAAGGAGAAAGAAGACCUUCUCUCUGCUGGUGGCCUCAGUGCUGGCCUUCGCCUUGUGUUGGCUACCCCUACAGGUGCUGAACUUGUUACUGGACCUGGACCCAGACUUCCACAUCAUAGGGAAGCGCUAUGUGAACGUUUUACAAGUCUGCUGUCAUCUAGUGGCCAUGAGCUCUGCUUGUUACAACCCGUUCAUCUACGCCUCCCUACACAGUAAGGUGUGCAUGCACUUAAAAGGCCUCCUGUGUCCUUGUAGGCAAAGGGGAACGGUGGAUAGAUCCACAUCAAUGAAUUGAUUUUUGACCAUGACUCUAGUAAAAGCUGCUAUAAAAAAGUUUGUUUCACCCACAAUCUACAGCACCUGCACCCCUAACACCGAUGUUAGGUGUGCUUAAAACCAGACCUCGGCAUGUUUUCCGGCAUGUUUUCAAAAACA